AUGACUCCCAUAAGAAGAAAUAAAGAUAAACAAAAACCGGAGUCGGAUGACAAGAUUGAAAUCAGGCCAGCUGGUCAGAGGGUUGUUCUCUCGAGGAGAAUUUCUAUGCUUGUAUCUCCAUACAAAACUCUCGACAAUUUUCAGUCACUUUUCAAGGUAUCAAGGACAACAUUUAGCUACAUAUGCUCGAUAGUAAAGGAGUUCAUGAUGUCUCGAGACACCAACUCCAUGUUCUUAGAUGGAAAAUCAAUGUCCCUCAAUGAUCAAGUAGCCAUUGCUUUAACAAGGCUAAGCACGGUUGACCCCACCUCAAACAUCGCGAGCUUUUUUGGGACAAACUACUUGACUGUCGUUGACAUAACCUUACGGUUUGUGGACGCGCUUGAGGUAAGCGGUGCGCACCACAUUACAUGGCCGCCAGAUAUGGCUCCGGUCAAGUCCUCAUUUGAGAGGUCUGGCGGCCUGCCAAAUUGUUGUGGCGCAAUCGAGACCACUCAUUUGAAGAUGUAUCCGCCUGCUUCUGAGCGUAGAGCCAAGUUGUGUCUUGAUCGGGAGAAAAACCAUAGCAUGCUCUUGCAGGUAAUCGUGGACCCCACAAUGCGAUUCAUUGAUUUGGUCACAGGAUGGCCAGGAAGUAUGACAAACAACAAGGUGCUAAAACAAUCAACAAUCUUUAAAUUCACUCAAAAAGGAGAAAGGCUAAACGGGAACAAGAUCGAGUUAUCAGAUGGAACAAAAGUUGGUGAAUAUAUAGUUGGAGGAUCGAGUUUUCAGCUCCUACCAUGGCUGAUAACUCCAUACCAAAAUGAAGACCUAACAGAAGACCAAAUCGAGUUCAACAAGAAGCAUCUUGAAACCAGAUUAUUUGCCAAUCGGGCGUUGAAGAAGUUGAAAGAUGUUUGGUUGGCGGUUGAUGGCGGCCUAUGGCAGCCGGAUAUGGAUAAGUUACCGGUGAUUGUUUUAGGGUGUUGUAUUCUUCAUAAUAUUUUGAUUGAUAUGGAAGGUGAUGGGGUGUCUGAUGUGUCUACAAUGUCCGGUGACCAUGACCCCGGGUAUUCGCCGGAGAAAAGCGCGGUGGUUCAUGGUGGUGCUGAUGUCAUCAGAGACAAACUGUGUCUCCAUUUGGCCGGAAAACUUGUGGCUUGA